GUUUACCAUGUCCAUUGGCUUAGGACGCUGGCACUGCGUGAUCGCUGGGCAGAAGAGCUACUGCUGGUCGGUUGCGAAAUGACAUGGACAGUGGCGUUUUUUAUUUACAAAUCCCAACAAUGGGUCGGCCGAAUGGAGGAGGCCGAUACAGAGCACACGGUCGGGCACCGUUGCUAUGCAGCCCGCCAGGCUCAAAUAUAUCUCCGACUCUCACAGCAUGCAGAAGACAGCUUUGAAAGAACAAAAGGGUUGGCUACAGUUGCAGAGUGA